AUGUCUGAGUCAGAGGACGACAUGACUGAGUCAGAAGACGACAUGACUGAGAUAACAGAUAUUUCGUCAGAUGGCACGUCGGAUGACGAUGAGAUGGCUGAUCAACCUGAUUUUCAAGGCGUCAAUCCAGGCCGCCAACGAUCUCCGCAACCUCAGAAUCGUCUGAAUCCGGCCCCAUCCCGCUCUCCGCCACCUCCACAUCUUCGUCGGAACCCGGCUCGUUCUUCCUCACGUGGUCGUGGUCGUUGCCGUGGCCGUUCAUAA